AUGCAUAUGAAUUUUACCAUUACAGAAUCGAAAAUCCAAUUCCAAAUUCCAAUCGAAAGUCUGAUCCGAGGCCUCGUUCUUCUUUCUCUCCUGUUUUGUGUCACUUUUGCAGCGAAGAGAGAUUGUCCAGCAAAUGAGGAAUGGAUGGAAUGUGGCACUCCAUGUGAACCAAAAUGCAAUCAACCGAUGCCAGAUAUAUGUACUAUGAAUUGUAUCGUCGAUGUGUGUCAAUGCAAGGAGGGAUACAAGCGUCAUGAAACGAAGGGAUGCUUAAAGGAAGGAUCAGCUGAUUGUAAAUAA